AUGAGUUUACAAACAAUUGAUAAUAAUAACAUGGGUCAACUUAAAUCCAAAGAUAAAAAAGAAAAAACACAACAAGAACUUAAUCCAAAGGUCAAAGAAAUGUUCCGUGUUGAAGAAGGGAGAAGAUUUCAUAAUGAUGAAAACUCGAAAUAUUUUUUACCAAAUGACGAUGAAGAACUUGAUCGUUUACAUUUGCAACAUUAUAUUUGGAGAUAUAUAUGGAAAAGCAAUUAUAAUGCUCCCGUGAAUGAUUUGUUACAAAAAGAGGAUUCCAAGGUUCUUGAUUUAGGUUGUGGUGCUGGAUCUUGGCUCUUUGAGUUGGCUACGGAAUUUCCUUCCGUAUCAUUUACUGGACUCGAUAUAUCACCCGUAGUACCGUCAACGAUAAAACCUCGUAACAUUAACUUCGUGGGAGGAAAUGUUUUGGAAGGACUUCCUUUCGAAGAUAAUACGUUUGAUUUUGUUCAUCAACGACUCUUAGUCGCUGCGAUUCCUCUUGAUAAAUGGCAAAGUGUAGUAAAUGAACUUGUGAGAAUUUUGAAGCCUGGAGGAUAUUUGGAGCUUAUGGAAAUUGAUAUAGAAUUUAAACCAGUUGGUCCAAGCACGAAACGACUACACGAUGCUUUAAUAAAACUGAUCAUUCAAAACGGACAAGACCCACAUGUCAUUACAAAGUUACAAUCUUUCAUGGAAGCAAACGGACAACUUGAAGGGAUUGUAAGCGAGGAAAAAUUCGGUUCAUUUAGCAAAAGUGCAGGUCAACUUAGCCCACUUGCUGUCGAGAAUCACAAGCUUGGGUUUACUGGCGUUAAAUCUGUAUUAAGUAAGGUUCUGAAUAUCUCUUCAGAAGAAUAUGAUGAGCUGGUUAAAGAAAUGACAAUCGAAUUGCCCGAAUAUGAAACUUUUAAUCAUACAGUUCGCGUUUAUG